CAUAUUUUCAAACGUCAUAGCCAAGUUCGUUAGUGUCCCUUGAUGUUUGACGCGUUCAGACGUUUACACAAUUUUUGUAAAGAAAAAUAACACGUUUGAACUUUGGUGCGUUGAUUGAGCGAUAUCCUUCCAGAUUUCUCUUGGAUUAUUGAAAUUGGAUAAAAUGGAACCAGUCACUAAUAUCGGGACAAUUGCUCCUAAAGAGAAAAUCAGAAAACCAUUGCAAAUAUUACAACCAGCAGCCACUGACAAAGAAACAUUAGUUGGAUCCGAUAGAAUUUUUAGACCUGUGCAACAAUCAAAAAAGAAUACAAAAAGUGAGGAUGUGGCAAAAUCGAAAAGGAGUGCUCUUAAACACAAAAAAGUGACAAGCGAAGAUAAAGCUAUCCAGACUGCACGAGAAGAGAAGAUAAUAAUUGAAGCUGAAGAUUUAACAUCAGCCAAUCCUAGUGAAAACUACUGGCAAGUCUUGGCUGAAAAGCGAAGAAUGGCACUUGUGAAUACUUUAGAAGAAAAUAAGACACUUUCACAACGCAUUGAAAAAUUAAAAGAAGAUAAUCAUAUAUAUAGAGAGAUGUUGGAGGAAGCAAAAACAUUAAUUGAAGUACUACAGGAGGAGAUUGAAAAUAAUAGAAGUGAUAUGAAUAAUUCGUCAGAUAACAGUGUUUUCUUUAAUUUAAGUUAGUUCCUUAGAUUUUUUAAGUAAAAAUUUAAA